CACACGCCUGCCUACGGAGGCCCUGUUGUUCCAAAAAAGCGUAAAACAACCCACUGACUGGUACAGAUUCUGAAGGAAACUGUAACCUGCAGCGUCGUUGAGCUAUCAUUCAUACAAUUGAUCCAAUAAUUAACGACGAUGAGAGUGUUAAUUGGAGGAGGAUCUGGCUUCGUUGGACGUGAACUUACUCGCCUUCUCAAAAACAAAGGUCAUGAGGUCACAGUGAUAUCUCGCCAACCUGGUCCGGGGAAGAUAACAUGGGGUGAGCUGGAGUCUCAUGGCCUCCCACCAUGUGAGGGUGCCGUCAACUUGGCUGGAGAGAAUCUAAUGAACCCGCUACGAUGGUGGAAUGAAAGCUAUAAAAAGGAUUUAUUCUCCAGUCGUAUUGACACUACAAAAUCUCUGGCUCAAGCUAUUGCUGCUUCCUCCAGUCCUCCCCACUCCUGGGUCGUGGUAUCAGGAGUAGCUUGUUACAAGCCCAGUCUGACCGCUGAGUACACAGAGGAGAGUGCAUGGACACCAUUUGAUAUCCUCUCCAAGCUGGUGAAAGAGUGGGAGGCCUCGGCUCUUCUUCCGGAGAAUGUGACAAACACCACCAAACAAGUCGUCAUCAGGGCUGGGGCAGUUUUAGGCCGUGAUGGUGGUGCCAUGAAGCAGAUGCUGCUCCCCUUCUGGCUCGGCCUGGGGGGCACUCUGGGGUCUGGCAGGCAGCCGUUCCCCUGGAUCCACGUCUCGGACCUGGCUGGACUCAUAGCCCACGCCUUGGAGCCCCCUGCCGACACCCCCUCGCCUUCACAACAAGUGCUCAACGGUGUGGCGCCCGCUCUGAACACCAACCUGGAGUUCACUAAAGAACUGGGUCGAGUGCUGAGGAGGCCCACCAUUUUUCCUGUGCCCGGCUUCGUCAUGAACACCCUAAUGGGCUCUGAGAGGGCCAUAGUCCUCAUGGAGGGCCAGAAAGUCAUACCAAAGAGGACUCAAGAGGCCGGCUUUCAGUACAAGUACCCUGAUCUGACCUCAGCCCUGAAAGAGAUUGUUAGGAGUUAACGGAUGUGGAAGGAACAUGUGUUGACUAAGCAUAUCUAAAUGUGUGUUCAUUACUGGAUUACAAGAUUAAAACACAUCUGUCAGCUCAAAUCGAGGAUUCUUAUCAAAUAAGACCAGUUAGUAAAUCAGAUUUUCUGAGUUUGUACAUCCUAAGCAUUAAUAAGAGAUCAGUUACUCUGUACACAAAUACAGAUGUGCAGACAAAAUGAAAGUGUCUUCUUUAAAAUACUCCAUUUCUAUCUGCAUUGUUUCCCAUUCAGUGGUGUGUUUGAUCUUCAGAAUUAUUUCAGUAAGCUGAUAAUUAUCCAUAUUAUCUGUGAGUUUUAUUCUAAAGUCCUGAAACAUGCAGAAGGGAAAGCUAUCAUUCUACAUUUUGUGCUUUUUUGAAACACCGCAUUACUGUUCAAAUUGCAGCAUACUUGUUACAAGACAUGGACUGAGAUUGGUUAAAGGUGUUGCACAAUAAAGCAGAGUAAAGCAU